AUGGCUUUAUCCACAGAUCACUCCACGCGAAGCGUAGCGGACAUCCUAGGAGCUAUUGCCGCAUCUACUGAAGCUGUUGCCCAACAAAAGCCAGGAGCACGGGAGAAAGUACUGGCCUUGUCCCAUCAAUUAGUAUCUGCUCUCGAGACGCCAAGUGAAACAAUACAAAGGAUGGGAUGGGCAGAGGUAUUUGAUUCGUCUCCAAAAGCGUACAAUCUCAUGGGGUCUUACGCUGAGUCUCGUCAGCCUGCCCGAUUUGCUGCAACUCAACUCGCUGUCGACCUCAAUAUCUUCGAGAAGCUCGAAGAAACUCAUGAUGCUCCCGCAACCGAGUACGGAAACCCGGGAAACAUCGCUGACGGUCCCUUCCAAUUCGCACACAAAACGCAGAACCCUUUCUUCAUCUGGCUCGCCGAGCACCCAGGAUACGGAGAACAGUUCAAUAACUACAUGAGCGGAUAUCGCCAGGGAAAGCGCAGCUGGUGUGACGAAGGCUUCUACCCCGUGAUGGAUCGAAUUGGCCAGGGGCUGAAUCCCGAAACGCCGCUUCUUGUCGAUGUGGGUGGUGGCCUCGGUCAUGAUCUGCUCGAGCUCAGGACCAAUCACCCCGAGCUCUCCGGCCGUCUGAUCCUUCAGGAUCAGCCGGACGUCAUCAAGCAGGUUGGGAAUGCCGCGGAAGGCAUUGAGCUGGCUGUUCACGACUUCUUUACUCCCCAACCUGUCAAAGGCGCCAAAGCGUACUAUCUCCACUCCGUACUUCACGACUGGGACGAUGCAUCGUGCCUUCGGAUACUUAACAACAUUGUUCCAGCCAUGACACCUGGACACUCCAAGCUCCUGAUCAACGAGAAUGUAGUACCAGAUUUUGGAGCAGCGUGGCCGAUCACUUCGAUGGACUGGCUGAUGAUGGCGUUGGGCGCGGUGAAGGAGCGGACGGAGAGGCAAUGGCGAGGGUUAUUACAGCAGGCGGGGUUGGAGGUCAAAGGAAUCUGGACCUAUGAGCAAGGAACCGAAAGCUUGAUUGAGGCUGAGGUGGCAGUAUGA